AUGGCGGCGGCGCAGGGCGCGGGUCCGGCGGGGCCCGGCGGCGGCGGGACGGGCCUCACGGACCUGCCGGGCGAGCUGCUGGAGCUCAUCCUCUGCUGCGACGUGCUGGGCGCCGCCGACAUCGGCCGCGUGUCCUGCACCUGCCGCCGGCUGCGCGAGGCGUGCCAGCCCCGCGGGAAGGUGUGGCGGGAGCGCUUCCGCCUCAGGUGGCCAUCCCUGCUGAAGUACUACAGCCACACGGACGGCGUGAGCUGGCUGGAGGAGUACAAGGCCCGGCACAACGCGGGGCUGGAGGCCCAGAGAAUUGUGGCUUCGUUCUCCAAAAGGUUCUUCUCAGAACACGUCCCCUGUGAUGGAUUCAGUGACAUUGAGACUCUGGGGUGCCCCAGUCACUUCUUUGAGGAUGAGCUGAUGUGCAUCCUGAACAUGGAAGGAAGGAAAGGCCUCACCUGGAAGUAUUAUGCAAAGAAAAUUCUCUAUUUCCUGCGGCAACAGAACAUAUUACAAAAACCUGAAGGAGUAUCGCAGCGCUGCGCGCCCGAUCUGAGCGACAGUCCGUUCCUGGAGGGUGCUGUUUUAAUUGAUCAAUACUGUAACCCCCUGUCAGACAUCUGCUUAAAAAGCGUCCAGGCGCAGGUGGACGAUAUCGCAGACAAGGUGCGCAAAGUCCUGCGGACCAAAAACCCCCGGCACCCCAGCUUGGCUUCCAAGGCAGGAGAGGUCUGUGUUCCAGAAGUGGAGCUCCAGCGGCAGGUUCUCGAUGCCAUGAACUGUGUCCUGUAUGAGCAGUUAAAAUACAAAGGAAACGAGCUGGAUUACUACAACUCCCUGAAUUCAUACAUUCACCAGGUUUUGAUCCGCAGGACAGGAAUUCCCAUCAGUUUGUCUGUGCUUUAUUUAACAAUUGCCAGGCAACUGGGAGUCAAACUGGAACCAGUCAACUUCCCCAGCCAUUUUCUCCUGAGAUGGUGUCAAGGAAAAGAAGGGAGCACAGAUAUUUUUGACUACACCUACAUCGAUGCCUUCGGGAAGGGGAAGCAGCUGACGGUGAAGGAGUGCGAGUACCUGAUCGGGCACCACGUCACAGAGGAGUUCUAUGGAGUGGUGACUUCCAAAGAGGUCCUGCAGCGCAUGGUGGGCAACCUCCUGAACCUGGGCAAGCGAGAAAGCACUGACCAGUCUUACCAGCUCUUGAGAGACUCCCUGGAUCUGUACCUGGCCAUGUAUCCGGACAAUGUGCAGCAUCUAAUGCUCCAGGCUAGGUUAUACUUCCACCUGGGAAUCUGGCCAGAAAAGGUCCUGGACAUCCUGCAGCACAUCCAGGCCCUGGACCCGUCUCAGCACGGGGCCGUGGGGUACCUGGUGCAGCACACCCUGGAGCACAUCGAGCGGCGCAAAGAGGAGGUGGGGCCCGAGGUGAAGCAGCGCUCGGACGAGAAGCACAAGGAGGUCUGCUUCUCCAUAGGGCUCAUCAUGAAACACAAGAGGUACGGCUAUAACUGCGUCAUCUACGGCUGGGAUCCCGCCUGCAUGAUGGGACACGAGUGGAUCCGGAAUAUGAACGUCCACAGCCUCCCCCACGGCCCCCACCAGCCCUUCUACAACGUCCUCGUGGAGGAUGGCUCGUGCAGAUACGCUGCCCAAGAGAACCUGGAAUACAACUCCGAGCCUCGGGAGAUCCCUCACCCCGACAUCGGCCGCUAUUUCUCCGAGUUCACCGGCCUUCACUACCUGGCAAAUACCGAGCUGGAAAUUCGGUACCCGGAGGAUUUGGAGCUCACACGAGCCACAGUUCAGAAGAUCUACAGCUCAGGCAAGGAGUGAGUGCAGAAGGCAGCGUGAGGACAGAAGCAGCUGGAGUGUAGCUUUACCCUCUUGGCAAAACUUGCGUGGAAAGCAAGUUCGGUGACAAUCCUUUGGCUUGAUAAUGCAUUGAAAACUGCAUUGAACUUUGAAACUGGUGCUACAGCAUCUUCCCCUUGCCUGCCUGCCCGUUCUGGCCCGAGAGGCACAGGGACAUGUUGGCAGUUGAGGCCAAGCAGAAGGAUGUUGCAGGGACAGCCAUGCCAAGGAAGCGCGUGGUCCUUCGGAAGGAUCUGCACAAACUGCUCGUCCUGUGCUUGUCUUGCCUCAGGAGGUCGACACAGUGAGAUCCCUGGUGUGGAACGUGGAAGAACCCCCUCUUCCAGAGAAGGAAGUUGCUUGUCCUUGCAGUACUGUGGGGUUUUUGUUUGGUUGUGUCUGUUUGCUUUGGUUUUUAAUGUAUAUCCCACGCAGGUGAUAGUUUUUAAAGUCUCUUACGUUUCCCUGUCGUCCUCUCCGGUCUGAGUUUUUGGUCAGGUUUUGCUUCACCUCUGUAGUCUGAUUGUUCAUAGAGCUACUGUCCCAAUCCUGAAUAUCCUUCUGGGCCUGGCAAUAUCCUUUUGGGCCUGGGAAAGAGCCCCAGCAACAAAACCAGCAGCAGUGAGGCUUCUGGGGGUGGCAGGCACUGGGUCCAGUGGCCACCUUGCUGAGGACACGGACUCUCCUAAAGCAGAAGAGGAGCUUCUCGUCCUUUUCCACACCUGCUGAACACACCCAACCCAUGUUUUGUGAUCUGUUCAUCAUGUAUGUCCAAGGCAGGACCUGUGGCAUGGCCUGAGUGCUCCCAGGACACUUUGGAACCUCGUGGCACUUUCCUGGGAGCCUUGGGGCUGGUGCCACAAUGACUUUGAUGUACAGGGAGCUGCUGCUUGCUGCCUCCUCCAAUCUGUAGGUAUUUAUGCAAUACAUUGGAAUUAUGACUGGAAACUGGCCAGCCCUGGAGUCAGCCAACCUGUGUAUGGAAACAAGAUGUUGAUUCCUGCAGCUUGAGGCCUUCUUCCUUUUUGCCAAAAGAGACUGGAUUCUGGGGGAGCACCGACUUUGCUGCCUGCAAGGGAAGAGCUUUAGCAGCUUGAGGCACAUGAAUUUUAACAUGACUUAAAGACCCAGGCAGAACCACAGCAGAAAAGGUUUUCCUCUGGGUCCAGGGGUGCAGAGUGACAGUGUUUGUGCAUAUCUUUGUGGUUUCUGAAGCAAUGUGUGUAGAGUAGCUGCAGCUCCUGUCACUGUCCAGUUGCAACACAGUAGUUCUCUCAGAGCUGAGAAUUAGGUCCCUGUAGAAUUAGGUGGAUGCUCUUAAGCUCUUGUAGCACUUCAGGUGAAAUCACAGAGCCCUGCCCUAAAACAAUGCUUCAACUGCAUGUCGUCCUCCUGCAGUCCUGGUCAUGCUCCUGCAGUCCUGGUCAUGCUCCUGCAGUCCUGGUCAUGCUCCUGCAGUCCUGGUCAUGCUCCUGCAGUCCUGGUCAUGCUCCUGCAGUCCUGGUCAUGCUCCUGCAGUCCUGGUCAUGCUCCUGCAGUCCUGGUCAUGCUCCUGCAGUCCUGGUCAUCCUCCUGCAGUCCUGGUCAUCCUCCUGCAACCCUGGUCAUGCUCCUGCAGUUCUGGUCAUCAUCCUGCAGUUCUGGUCAUCUUCUGCAACCCUGGUCAUCUUCCUGCAACCCUGGUCAUGCUCCUGCAGUUCUGGUCAUCCUCCUGCAGUCCUGGUCAUCCUCCUGCAGUUUUGGUCAUCCUCCUGCAGUCCUGGUCAUCCUCCUGCAGUCCUGGUCAUCCUCUUGCAGUCCUGGUCAUCCUCUUGCAAUCCUGGUCAUGCUCCUGCAAUCCUGGUCAUCCUCCUGCAACCCUGGUCAUCCUCCUGCAAUCCUGGUCAUCCUCCUGCAACCCUGGUCAUCCUCCUGCAACCCUGGUCAUCCUCUUGCAACCCUGGUCAUCCUCCUGCAACCCUGGUCAUCCUCCUGCAACCCUGGUCAUCCUCCUGCAGUCCUGGUCAUCCUCCUGCAGUCCUGGUCAUCCUCCUGCAGUCCUGGUCAUCCUCCUGCAGUCCUGGUCAUCCUCCUGCAGUCCUGGUCAUCCUCCUGCAGUCCUGGUCAUCCUCCUGCAGUCCUGGUCAUCCUCCUGCAGUCCUGGUCAUCCUCCUGCAGUCCUGGUCAUCCUCCUGCAAUCCUGGUCAUCCUCCUGCAAUCCUGGUCAUCCUCCUGCAGUUCUGGUCAUCCUCCUGCAGUCCUGAGCACUGGUUGUGUGCAAGAAAUAAACACUCAAAGCCCAGCACGUUGCCCCUGGAGUGGUGGUGAUGGUCUGCAGGGACCCCAGGCCUUCAGGGACAGCAGCCUGGAAUGUGCUGGGGAAUGGGGAAGGUGCUCUGCUCCAAGGGGAACUGUGAAGGAUUAUAAUCGUAGAAUCCCAGAAUAGUUUGGAAGGGACCUUAAAGCUCAUCCAGUUCCCAAGAGCAGGGACACCUUCCACUAGAGCAGGGCUGCACUGAAAUGACCUCGCAGGGAGGGAGGAACUUCCAUUUUGAAUCAGGGUAGGGAAACCUCGGACAAAAAUCUUAUAACCCAUCCCUUGUUCUCGAGGGUUGGAGCAGACUCCAGCCCUCCAGCCCUUUUUGGGGGUUGAAAGCAGAUCCCAGAAGAUUCCUAGCAGGGGUGCCAGGUUGGGAAUGGGGCUGUGGAGUCCCAGGGUUGAUGCUGGUGGCUGAGAACAGGCAGAGCAGGGUUUGGGCUCCCUGUUCCCAGUCCCAGCUCUGGAUGUCACCGAGUGCCCUUGGACUCUGCCAAAUGGGCAGUCUGGUGGCAUCUUGGCCUCUCUCAAGUGCAUCAAGGGAAUUUUACCAGGCUCACAGGAGCCCUCAGGUGCUGCCUGAGUCCCAGGCAGAGUCGUGCCAUAAAAAAACCACAGGAGCCAACGGAAGCCACACAGAGUUCCCCUGAAAAUUGGUGCUGGCCAGUGCUUCUCUAACCCACAUGAACACGUGCUAUGUGCUUAAAAAGCCAGGGCUCCCAGAGCAGCCAGCAGAGCCCCAGAGCAGCCAGCAGAGCUCUCUUUUGGGGCCACUCUGUGUUCAUACCCCGAGGAGAGUCUGGUCAAGGAGGAAAUGGGGGAGCUGCUGCUCACCACAGACUGCACCCUUCCUGUUUCCAAGGGGAGUGUUGUGUGCUGUGAGGGACUGGGUGCACAGGGCAGCCCAGCAGCCCUGUAGCUAAAUCCUGGGCCCUUUGGCAGGUGUUCUGUGGAGGAACUGUGUCCUCAGACAGCUCUGCUUUGCUGUGCUGCCCACGCCUGGCUGGGGGUGUUGGUGUCACCCGGGAGCACCGACACAGCCUUGGAUGUGCCAAAUCUGGAAGAAACUUGAGGUGUUUUCAAUAGGCACCACACAAACACCAGCCCAGGGUCCAAGUCUGCUUUUGGCACUUCAGGCAAACACAAAGUUUGUAAAGCCCCCCCUGUUUGUUCCCAUUUGGUUGGGGUGACCCCUCUGCCUCCUGUGCUGUUUGCUCUGGGUUGAGUUUUGCUCUUGGUGAGGAGGAAUUCCCUGCUGAAGUAUCUGCAGCUGUAGGAGGCUUCAGCCCAAGCGUCCAGGGUGGCCAGGGAAAGCUGGAAACCUCCCAAGGAUCCCUCUCUGUCCCUGCUUGAGCAGCCUCUUGGAAUGCACAUCAGUUCCUGCAGGCUGCGCAUCCCAGGUCUGCACGGCGGGAAACGCCUCUGUGGGACAGUGGGGUGACAUUUGCUGCCUCCCUGUGCCCCCUCCCCUCCAGGCAGCACAGGAGGGGGUUUCCACAGUCACCUUUUCCCCAAGAAGACAGCAGUGGAUCCCAAAAGUUCCUUGUGUCCAUGAGUAAUGUCCGGGUCCACGUCAGUGUUCAUGUUACAGAUGGUGCCAGUGCACACAGUGUGCAGUUUGUCCUGUCUCUGUGGAGCUCUCCAGGAGAAGGGAUGUUUUCUGGAGAAGGUAGAAUUGCCUCCCUCCUCUCCCACCAUCCAACCAAGUGGAAAGCCUGGCCAGGUUCCCCAGUGCAGUGCCAAAGUCCUCUGGUCCUGCAUCCCCUGGGAGCAGAGGGGUGAAUUUCCUGCAGCUCAAACUCCCUUCUCUUUCUCUUCUCUGUCUUCUCCCUUCUCUUUCCAUGUCAUUGGCCAUCUGUCCUGGGGACAGAACAGCCCAGGUUAAAUCUGGAGGGUGAGGGAAAAACAGAGUGGGGGAAGAGGAUGCUGGAAGGAGGCUGGAGGGAAGGAGGAGUCACUGUCUGGAUCCUUAGGAAAAGGACAGGGAGCUGAGCAGCAGCCGUGGGCUGGUUCCCAGCGGUGCCGCUGGAUCCGGGGACUCAGGGAUGUUGCAGGGAGCACCAUUCCCGGGUUUCCUCUAGCAGGGAGUGAGGCCUGUGGGCAACAGCAUCUGUGGGAGGUUUGUCCACCCUUACAGGCCAGUGUCUUGUGAGAGAGGCUGCAGAGCUGCUCCCAGCCCUCCACCAGCAGAGUGUGUUCCCUGGGACAGCCGGUGGUGCCACAUCCUCUUGGGAAGCCCUUCCAACCCUCCCACACCCAUCAUGACACACAGGACCAGCAGGAACAUUCUUGGAGGGCCCUGACACAGCCAAGGGCUGGGAGUGUGGCCUCUGUGACAAACCAUGAAGUUUGUCACCAGCCUUGGCAGGAGAACCAGGCAGCAGGACCCUCCUGCCCUGCCCUGGGCCAGCAGAGCGCUGUGUCCUCUGGGACAGGGGGUGAGGAAAGGCUGGAGAAGGGCUCCUGGGAUGUCCUGGUCCCUUCCAGGCCACCUUCACCUGCACACCAGGUUGCUCAGGGUGUUGUCCUGACUAGUUCUGAGCAUCUCCCAGGGCCAUCCCAGCUCGGUGGGCCCUGCCAGCCUCCCUGCUGGCUCCUCCCCCACAGAGGACACAGGGACUGUGCAGGGACAGAAUGGACAGGGACAGAAUGGGCAGGGCCAGAAUGAUGCUGUGUUACCCUCCCUUCUCUGGGCUGGAGGGGCCUGAACCAAACCAAAAGCUGCAUUUAAUGGAAAACUGCCCAGAGGGUGCAGAGUCCCAGGGCCCCCGACACAGCUGAGGUUGCAAGAUGGGGACAUCUCUCCUUUCUCCUUUUUUAUUUAUAAAAAGGUAUUUUCCUGGAUCUGGGACAGCUGGAGGCUGGAAAUGAUUUGAUCCCUUUCCUGUUUAUAUUUGGCUUUAAAAAAAUAAACGACACUGACUUGCUAC